AUGGUGUCAACAGCUGAUGUUGCGAGCUCGCCACACAAGCUCUUGAAGGAUCUGAUCAACAAGUCCUUGGUUGUCGUUUGGGUGACCUGGAAGCAGAUUGACAUAGGGGGUCCACUUGGCCCGCCCGGUGGCUGUGCUAUCGAGGCUUCGUUGUACCAUGUGCUGGCAGAGAAAAUCCUGAGCUCGAGCUUUGCAGAAGUAUUGGCUUCAUCUCCACCUGCUCCAGAGAUGGCAGGCCAUGCAAAGUUCGAUUCAGCGAAUUCACCAUCCAUUGUACUCGAUCUGUCCGACAAGCUCGGUGCCCGGGUUGGGCUUAUGGAUUGCUAUGGGGAUUUGCUCAGCAAGUCACAAAAGGUUGGUAGUGCACAAGCCAGCAUCGUGGCAGGUGGACAAUGCCAGAGCUGCCAGGGCUGGUGGCAGGAUUUGACCAGUGCAUCCUGGAACCAAAUCCAGACGGACGUGGCCGUCGCUGCCGAGGCGACACAGGUGGAAAAUGAGGAGAAUCAUGACGCGACCAGCGAUGGUCCAGCUGUUUCUGCUGAUGGAACUGGUGGGAGUGUCCGCAGUUCGCGCAGCUUGCCUGCGAAGCGGCAUGAAGGUGUGAACGGCGACUCCAUCCGGGCGGCAUCGGCGGAUGCCUCCAAGUUAGGACGAAAGGCUGAUGGAGAUCUGAACCGUAACGAGGGCGAAGGGUCACCGAAGGACAAUGUCUCGAAGGACUGGUUGGUUUUUCGCAUGUGUGAGGUCCAUGCCGCACCGCGUUUGCCACACGUCGCUGCGCAAGACUGGACACUUGUUGCUGAGUCUGCGGAGCAGAUGAAGUUCGGCGUCUGCAAGUUCGGCAAGAUGCCCAACGUCGGGCCAAAGGAUCGUGAGCGGUGGCAACGGAUCAAAAUUGGACAGUCGAAGCCUCAUACGGCUCCGCUGCCGCGGCGUCCAAGAGUCCCGCCUGCGCCCCGGCGCAAGGUGGCGAGGCCCACGCCCAAACUGAUCAUUCCGCCCGAGUCAGAGGAACAGCCGAUGAUGUUAAGACACGCAUCGAGCGUAGGCGGAGGCAGCAAGCGGGCGCUGCGCGAACCCAUCAUCUGUGAGUGGUGUGGGGAGUUGGAGCCGCCAACGCAUCCGAAGCAGUGCAAGCUCCGACUGGUGGAAUGCAAGCAUUGCAAGCAGACCAUGCAGCUGGGAUCGCUUCGGCUCCACUUCAAGGGUUGUGCCGCGCGGCCUAUCGUGCCACCCAAGAACAUCAAGGGAGGCUCAGGCUUUCUGACGCUGCAUCGCCUACAAUCGAAUGCUCAGCAGCUGUCCCGGCAGCUGCAUGAUAUACUGGGGCGGUUCGUGGGGAAACUUCCACCGCCACCUGAGCAGGUGUCCCUCUUCAUGAUGGACUUGGAUUCAAAAUUGGAGGUCUUCGCUGAGGAGAUCAACACCUUGCGCACGGGCUUCGAGUGCUUGGACCGCCGGGAUCGCCAGAUUGUGAAGCAAAGACUUCAAGAGGCGCAAAUGCAUUUGUACUACUUGCACUCUCGCAUUUUGAUGGCCGAGAAGAUGUUGCUGGCUGUGGAAUCCUCCUUGAAGGUGGGGGAACGCAGUCGCAUGCGCUGCGGGGUGUCACGGCUACAGAGCUCGGGGCAACAGAUCCAUCGACAGCUGGAUGAGAUCACCCAGGAGGCUGUGAAGUUCGAGAUUGGCGACCCGCGCAUCAACAAGCGUUAUGCCCCUGCGACCCUGGAAGAGCAACUGGAAGCGAUGAAGGAAGAGGCCACCGCUUUGGAACGCUUGCAGGAGACGCGGCUCGCGCAAGGUUUGGCUCCUGAGUUAAAGGCACUCACGGAGUUGCAAGGGCGUUUGAACUUCUUUAUGGAGUUGCUCAUUUGCGUCACUGAGGCUUUUCUGACCAUCUCACAGCUACAGGCGGUCUCCAAGAACGACCAGGUGGCCAGCCUGGCGAGCCUGGCGCGGCGUCGCCCGCCCGGUGCGACCAACGGCGCGGUGGAAGAACGGCGACCCUUGGGGAUCCUCAGCGAGGCACAGAUCGAGCUGGCAGAAUCAUCUCCUUUGCCACCAGAUCGGGGUCCUGCUGGUAUGGGCUUGCGGGAGGUGCCGUUGGACCAACUUCGUGCGGAGAUAGCGCAGGAGCGGCAGCGCUACAUUGCCUUCCACUUGCUCCGGCAACACACCGAACACCCGCGAACGCGGUAAGGUGAAAGGCUUUGGCUGGGCUUUGCGGAGAGGAGUGUAGCUGGUGUGGCAGUCUGGGCCUGGGAAGCCACCAUUCUCCUGCUCAGCUCCUGUGCGGGUCGGGUCUGGUCCUUGAACCGAGGAGCACAAGCUGGUAAGUGUCGGAGGAACAUCACCCAACCAGCGGUAGAAACCGCAGUUCCGACUUGAAGAAAGAUACAGAUAAGAGAUGAUAAGAGAGCAAGAGCACAACA